AUGCUCCCACGCCUCCGGGGCUCAGCGUCCCAAAUAGCAACUCAAACCCGCCUCUUCAGUCAAACCCCAAUAACACCCGCAAAGAACCUCCCCCCACGUCUAAAAAUCAAUGACGCAGACCUAACAAUAUCCUACCUAAAAGGCACAGGACCAGGCGGACAGAAGAUCAACAAAACCAACUCAGCCUGCCAAAUCAGCCACAAACCCAGCGGGGUAGUAAUAAAAUGCCAAGCGACACGGUCCCGAGCCCAGAACGAGAAGAUUGCGCGGUCGUUGUUAGCGGAUCGGGUUGAGGCGCUGUUGAAGGGAGAUCAGAGUCGGGUUGCUAUUAAGGCUGAGGCGGCGAGGAAGAAGAAGGCUAGUAAGUUGAAGAAGACUAGGCGGAAGUACCGGGAGCUGGGGGGGAAGGAGGGAGAUGGGGAUGGGAAUGGGAAAGUAAUGGUGGAAGAGGAGAUACUGGAGGAAGAGGGGGAAGUGGGAGAGCAAGGGAAAGAAGAGAAGAAGGUCGAGGUUAAGACUCGGAUUGUGGAGGAGUCUAAGGGGUCUGGGAAUGGUGUGUGA